UACAGAAAAUAUUUCUAAGUCAAUGAAGACUUUUCCAGUAUACACCAUUCUUUGGGUGGUCUCAUUCCUUAUAAAGCAUGGUCAGCCAGCAUCUUUUUCUGUCUCACCAAAUCAUCACAUUAGUAAAAUCAAUGAUUUCAUGACAGAACCAAAGGCAGGCCAAACAAAGGCAAUGCAAGUUAUAAAGGAAAUCACGGUAAAAAAGAAUGCAGCAGGAGCAUCACAAGCAACAGAUAUACCUAAAAGUGCACAACCAUUUAAUGCACAAGGAAACUUAGUAUCUUCAACUGCAUCUUAUACUUCAGCACUUGAGAAUGGAACAAAACUCAAUGCAUCUGAAAUAACAACUCCCUUCAGUGCAUCUCGGAAUACAAUGUUAAUUAGCCCAACUGGAGAAAUACUAACCAACACUUCUUUCGAAACAACAUCAACCAGUGACACUGAGAAUGUAACACAGUUUGACACACAAGCACCAUCAAUGAACACAUCUGAAGAAUAUACAACACAUUUAACAACUACGACUGCUAAAGCACCACUCAAUGGGAAAUGUGAUAAAGUUGCAGACUGCAAAGUUUUAUUUACCACUUGCAAAAGUCAAGUGUGUGUCUGUAAAGAUGAUUAUUUUGAAGAUAAAUCUACAUGUAAAGAAAAAGUAGCACUUUACGGGAAAUGUGAUAAAGAUAUAGCCUGCAAAGAUGAAUUUGCCAGUUGCGUAAGACAAAAGUGUACCUGUAACAAUAAAUAUUUUCGUCGUGGAUCUAUGUGUGCAAAAAAGAUAGCCUAUGGUAAAAACUGUAUCGAAGCAGAGUGUAUUGAGAGAAAAACCCACUGUAAUGAAGAAAAGAUAUGUGCUUGUUAUGAUGUCUAUUUUCGGAAAAACGGAACAUGUAUAAACAAGAUAAAAUUUGGUGAAUAUUGUGAAAAAGGGGAUAAAUGUUUAGAUCAUAAUGCCUUUUGUUCCCCUGAAAGAAAUAGAUGUGCUUGCUCCAAAAAUUACAAGGAAAGUGAAAAGAAAUGUGUAAAAAUUGUCUUUCCCUAUUGGUGGCUUGGAAUUAUCAUCGUUAUUCUCCUUCUGGUUAUAGCAGUUUUUGCUUAUUUAUUCCUCCGUCAGUUCAAACAGACAACUGGCAACGUUAAUUUCUUGAAAUUAAAACCUUUUAAAACACUAUCACAUAAAAGACCAUACAAAAUCAAGAAUUUUCUACACAUUGAGUCAAAAACUUUUAUCCAAGAUUAUAAGAUUAUAGGCAAAGUGAAUCCAUUUAUUCUUACUGAGGAAUCUGACCUAAGCUCAAAUGACACAUUCCUACCCUGUUAUGAGGCUCAAAAGGUUCAAAAUAAAAAGAAGAAUCGAUUUUUGAAUGUGUUACCAUUUGACCAUAGCCGAGUGAAACUAGAUGUAAUUGAUGAUGAUCCUUACACAGAUUAUAUCAAUGCCAACUAUAUCAAAGGCUACAACCAAGAAAAGGAAUAUAUUGCAUGCCAAGGCCCUUUGAUUCACACAGUUGAUGACUUCUGGAGAAUGGUCUGGCAGGAAAAUAUCAACCUUAUAGUAAUGUUAACCCUCUGCGAAGAGAAUGGAAAACACAAAUGUUACCCAUACUGGCCAAAGAAAGAGAAAUUAAAAGUUAUCAGCCGUGAUUUAUUGCUUGAAACAGAUGUAGUUAUCACUCAUGAAUACUACAAUGAGAGUAGCAUUCUUGUGAAUAUGGAUGAAGAAACUCGCAUAGUAAAACACCUGCACUUCCAGAAAUGGCCUGACUUUAGUGCCACAGUUGACCCUACAGUAUUGAUUAACUUCAUCAAAAUCAUCCGCUCACAUUUUACCCAAUCACCAAUUUUGGUCCACUGCAGCGCUGGUGUCGGUCGUACUGGAACUUUGAUUGCUAUUGACUACAUGUUGCAAUAUGUGAGAGACCAUACUUUAGAUGAUAAUAUUGAUGUUUCCUCAUUUGUUUAUAAGAUGAGGGAAAGCAGACCACAAAUGGUACAAAACCAAGACCAGUACCUUCUAAUUAAUACUUGUGUUAAAAAAGCAAUAAUGGAUAAAUUUAAUCUGAAAGUCGCCCAAGUCAACAAAGAUGAAGAUAAUAAGAAAAAGGAAAUUAGAGUGGAUGUAGAAGAGGGAGGAGAGACAGAAAAAGACACAGAAACAGAUGAAGAUGAUGCAGAUGAUUCUGAAGAUAAUACCAAAAUUCUUACAAAUAAAGUUGAAGAAAAGGAAGAUGAUACCAAAGAACCUACAGUAAAAGUUGAAGCAGAUGUUGCAGCUGCAAACACUAAUAAAGUUGAAAAUGUGGAAAAGGAUGUAACUCAAGAUGCAAAAGAUGAUGGAGAAAAUGUGGAUGAAGCUACAGGCGAUGCUGGCGAAGAUAAGGAUGCAAAUAGUAACAUGUAUUCAAAUGACUACCAGGAAGAUGCUGAUGAAAGAGUACCGUUAACACAAGUGACCAGUGAAUUAUGAGACAUUAGUGGUGGUUUACUGGAUAUUACUCCUAUAAUGUUUGUUAAUCGUAACUUUCCUGCUGAGCUGUGAAGAACAACAACACUCAUUUCAGGUUAAAAGUAUUUAUGUGUGUCCAUCACUGGGUUUCAUCAAAUCUAUACAAACAAAUGAACAUAUUUUCUGUUUCUUAACAGUCAUUAAUGUUUGAAUGUUUAAAUAUUGGAGAAGAUGCUUUAUAUAUGUAUGUGUGCAUAUGUAUAUACUACUACUAUUACUACUACUACAACAACAACAACUACUACUACUACUACUACUACUACUACUACUACUACUACUACUACUACUACUGCUGCUGCUGCUGCUGCCGCCGCCAAAUCCGCUAACACCACCACCACCACCACUGUAUAUAUAUGUAUAUGUGUUCGUGGAUGUGUGUACGUGUGUGUAUAUA